AUGGAUAUAGUUGAUAGUCUGUUUCUGAAUGGCAGUAAUAUUACUCCUCCCUGUGAACUUGGACUUGAAAAUGAGACAUUUUUCUGCUUGGACCCACCUCGUCCUUCCAAAGAUUGGCAGCCAGCGGUGCAGAUUCUCUUAUAUUCCCUGAUAUUCCUGCUCAGUAUCCUGGGGAACACCCUGGUGAUCACAGUGCUGAUCCGCAACAAGAGGAUGAGGACGGUCACUAACAUAUUUUUGCUCUCCCUGGCUGUCAGCGAUCUCAUGCUCUGUCUUUUCUGCAUGCCAUUCAAUCUCAUUCCUAAUCUGCUCAAGGAUUUUAUUUUUGGGAGUGCAGUCUGCAAGACCACCACUUAUUUCAUGGAAUCUGCAGGUGAACAAACACACAGACUUUGCCUCCUAUUGCUCAAAAGCCAUUUUUCCUUCACAGGCAUCUCGGUCAGCGUCUCCACUUUCAAUCUGGUUGCCAUAUCUCUAGAGAGAUACAGCGCAAUCUGCAAGCCGCUGCAGUCAAGGGUCUGGCAGACGAAGUCCCAUGCGUUGAAGGUGAUCACUGCAACUUGGUGUCUCUCCUUUACUAUCAUGUCGCCUUACCCCAUUUACAGCAACUUGGUUCCCUUUACCAAAUAUAACAACCAGACAGCCAAUAUGUGCCGCUUUCUGUUGCCAAGUGAUGUUAUGCAACAGUCCUGGCACACAUUCCUGUUACUCAUCCUCUUUCUUAUUCCUGGAAUUGUGAUGACGGUAGCAUAUGGAUUAAUCUCUUUGGAAUUAUACCGGGGAAUAAAGUUUGAUGCCAGCCAGAGGAAAUCUUCUAGAGAAAGGAAGUCCAGCAUGGGCAGCAGCAGCAGAUAUGAAGAUGGAGAUGGUUGCUACCUGCAGAAAUCCAAGAAAAGGAAGAAACUGGAGCUCCAACAGCUGUCCAGCAGUAGAAGCAGUAUCAAGAUUGACCGAGUCCGAAGCAGUACCUCAGCUGCCAACCUGAUGGCUAAGAAGCGAGUGAUCCGAAUGCUAAUUGUUAUCGUGAUCUUGUUCUUCCUUUGUUGGAUGCCCAUCUUUAGUGCCAAUGCCUGGAGGGCCUAUGACACUGCUUCUGCAGAGGUGCUCCUCUCUGGAGCUCCCAUUUCCUUCAUCCUCCUGCUCUCCUACACCUCUGCCUGUGUGAAUCCCAUCAUUUACUGCUUCAUGAACAAACGCUUCCGCCUAGGCUUUCUGUCUACCUUCACCUGUUGCCCUCAUCCAAACCCUCCAGGAGUGAGAGGGGAAGCAGGAGAAGAAGAAGAUGGAAGAACCAUGGGGGCAUCUCUGACCAGGUACUCGUACAGCCAUAUGAGUGUCUCUGCCCCUCCCACAUGA